UCUGGAUAAAAGUAUUGGGACACCAGUCUGUCCAAGAUCUCACUCUCAAUCAAAGGGCGAUAAUAUGAAGCUGGCUGACCCUUAGUUGCUGUAAUAGUCUGUACUCUUCAGGGAAGGCUUUCCAUUAGAUGCUGGAACACCAUUGAUUGAAUCUGCUGCCAUUGAGGUUGGGUAUCGAUGCUGGGUGAUCGGGUCCCUGUCUGUGAGCUUGUGUAGCCACCACCUCACAGCUGAACUCUAUCCCAGAUGUUUCCACUAUCUCUUCAAUUGUGGUUGACCCGGGCAGCUCUAGUAACUACCUGGCUGGUACGUAUUUCUGUCCCCUCAAGUCAAGUGUUACUGUUGCAUCCAAGUCCAAGCAGGAUUGUCUGACUUUUCACCAUCGGCGAAUUUAAGUUGAAGAUUUUGGUGGUGUGUUAGGUGUACCGUGUACAUGAUAUGAAGUUGCCAAAUGACUUUUGGUUUCUGAUUCUUCAUUAGUGUCUGGAUACGCUGUUGUUGUUGUUGUUAUUAUUGCCCCACCCGCCACUCAUGUAUUAUGUUAUUGUUGGACAGGUUUCCAGUAAGUCAUUUUCAGUUAGUCGGUUCAUUGGCAGGAGCCCAAGAUGGCACGGUCAAAUGGUAAGGAAGAACGUUCUUUUAAAUUACCUACAAGACGUAUAGCCUCACUUAUAAGCUUGCUGUUCUUUUUGUGCAUAUGUAGUGGUUAACAAGUAACUGAUGAUCUAACGCUUUAAUAUAUACACAGUUUUUUCCCUUCAUUGCGUAGUGUGCAGUAUGGUAGGAUUUUUCUGUAAUAAUUAUCACUAAAAUACAUGCUGGGGUGGAAAAAACAGACAAUCACACAAAUCGACGUUGGCUUAUAUAAUUAUUACGAAAUUAUGCCCGUUCUAAAUCGUCUCCUGUAUUCUAUGGGACACCAUAUUGCUCAAAAUGAAAUAAAUAUAUUUAGAAAUAAAUGACUGAAUAAAUAAAUAUUUCAAUAACUAAUUAAAUGUUUCCUUUUAUUGUUAGAUAAAACUUUUUUAUAUGAUUCUGAAUGACGGUUUUCCGAACCAACUUUUUAUUUCAUAAUGCCACUUUAUCAUAACAGUGGUGUGCUUUGUCCAUCACUUUGUCCAUUGAUUGAUCGAUAUACAGACACUCCUCUACUUACAAACUUUAGACAUACGAACGAAGAGGACAGUAAGUCCAAAAUAUAUUCUUCGGGCUCCCGUUCCCUAUCCGCAGCAUCAUUUUUUUUCCGCGCUCCAAUUCCGCCUGGUACGACUUCUGGCCGCUACUCCCGCCACGCAGCAGCGUAGCGUGCGUACUCCCAGCAUCCUAGUUCGUUGUGCUUGCGUAUACCCUUAAAAUGAUGUCGAAUAACGAUUUACAAAUAUUUCAAAUUACGAACGGCCGUCCGGAACGUACCUUGUUCGAGUGACUCGGGAGCAGGUGUAAGAAAAACCAAAGGGGACUUUACAGAGAUUCAUAACCAGGAACAGAGAAACCGAACGGGACCAUGAGGGGUCAAAACGGGAAGCCUAGCAGAAAGAAGGGCGCCAACCACGAGAACAAUGACGUCAGUGACAGGACUGGGGAGUAACGAUGUUCACGACCGACGAGGUUUGGAUUUCUCCAAACAAAGGCUCAAUGCUCUACCUCAGGAGAUCUUUGGUCAAGCAGAGUAUAUCGAGAGCUUGAACCUCCAAAUCAAUGAACUACAGCAUAUAGGUCAUAUUUCACAGCUGAUCAACCUAAAGGAGCUGAUUUUGUCUUGGAACAAUAUUUCUGAGUUUCCUGCUGCCAUUAGGGAGCUGAAGAACCUGCAGAGGCUCUAUCUGAAUCAGAACAAGAUUCAGAAGAUACCCACAAAGGUGUUCUCCUUCCUUGUAAAUCUGCAGUAUCUCAAUCUGAGCAAUAACCACCUGGAAGAACUCCCUGCUGAUUUGGUGGACUGUAAGAGCCUGAAGUAUGUAAACCUGUCUAACAAUUAUUUGAAAAAUCUGUGGGCAGUUGUGGGGCUCCCUCUACUGAACGAGCUGCAUGUGGAGAACAACCGUCUGACUGAGCUGCCGGCCGAGCUCUUCUUAAGAACUGACCUCAAAGUUUUCAGAGUCAAUGGUAAUCAGCUCAAGACACCCCCAGAAGAAGUGUGUGCUGGAGGGGUAAAGGACAUUCAGAGCUAUUUCCGCCAACUGGAAGCUGACCUAGGUGGGGACACUGUGGCUAGGGUCAAGACUUUGUUCCUGGGUUCCAGCAUGGCUGGGAAAUCCACCUUAUGCCGCAGUCUGCGAGAAGGAAGAGCAGUGACAGUGGAAGCCAGUGAUCGGACAGUUGGUAUUGACAUCAGCGAAGUAGAAAAGGAUGGCGUCCAGUUUCUCUUCUGGGACUUUGCUGGACAUGAGGAGUAUUAUCUAACUCACCACAUCUUCAUCACACCUCAUGCUCUCGUCAUUCUGGCUAUUGAUCUUUCAAGCUACGAUAUUGAGGACGCACAGUCCUUUGAAGACAAAGUCAGCUUCUGGAUCAAAAAUGUUCUGAUGAGGGUCCCAGACUCUGUGCUUCUGCUCGUGGGGACCCAUGCUGACCAGUGCGAAGAUGCAGAGCAGAGAAGGAAGAAGAAGGAGGACAUAGAAAAGAAGACACAUGAUCUACUUGAGGAGAGGACGUCCAACCUGGAUCAACAGAUAAGCCAUAUUAUAGACAAAAGCCAACAUGACGAAUUCUCUGAGCACCUGACACAACUGCAUCAGCUUAAAGGUUACACCCUGAAGGUUUCUAGCCUCAUUACCAUUGAUUGCACAAAGUGCGCGGAUAUCGAGGAGAUUCAAAAACACAUUCUGCAACAUGUUCAGAAUAAACGAUUGUUUCCAAACAUUGUCAGGACAUUGCCACACUCUUAUAAAGAGGUUGAAUCUUCCAUGCGGUGCCUGAUUAAGAAGCCGGAUUUCCCCAAGCACGGCAUUGUGGAUCUUCACAAUCUUGUGGCAAACAGUGCCCUCAAUUCUGGAAAUCUGAGCAAGGAGGACUUACAUUCUAUACUCCGUUACCUUCAUCGAACUGGGACCAUUUUGUGGUUUGAAGAGAUUGAGGAUCUGAAAGAAACAGUCUUUGUCAAGCCAUCCUUUCUUAUUACACUCUUCAAGACUCUAGUGAGACACGACCUGGUGAAGCAGCUGAUGGAGGUUCCAAGCUCUAUCCUGAAGAAAGAAAACUGUCCCAACCGUCACAGGAACAAAUGGAUCGACCGGCUCAAAAGUCAAGCCACUCUGUCCUACGAUGCUGUUCGCGUGCUGGUCAGAAGGGCCUUAAUGCAGGCGGACAUGGCCAGGGAUGAGCACUUCGUGAAAGAGAUGACGGGCACCAGGAAUAAGGAAGGGAAAAUCCUUAGCCUUCUCAGAUAUUUUGAGAUCUGCCUGCCAACUAAUUUCGCACGUGUCCUUAACCCUCAGGCCUCUGAGUUUGAGCCAAACAAGAAGUGGGGUUCAUCCUUAACGCAGAGGCACUCAUUCUCUGAGCCCGAACCUGCCUGUAUGUUCCCAGGUUAUCUGAAAGACAAUGACAAGGUCAUGAAGAUGUGGGGGCAGGAUGAUCCAGAGGACAUCAAGGUUCUGGUCUACUUCAUGCCGGAGAUCCCUCAUGGUGUCUUCCACCGGCUUAUUGUAAGACUGUGCUCCAUGUAUAGCACACACUGGGUGGGAAAUAGCUGCUUAUUGGCUGGCUACGAGGCUGUACUUGUUUUGGUGAAAAAAAGCACCGACAUUGAUGAUCAGUACAUUGAAAUACGAUGCAAGAGACCAGAACACAAUUUAUUGGCUUUCAAACAGCUGUGGAACUUGAUCCUGGCCGUGUUGUCUGAGUUGAAUAAGCUCUCUAGCCAGUGGCCUGGCUUGUAUCAGUACACAUACAGCCCAUGCAGGGAGCCAGGAUGCACCGACGAGUUCAAAUGGAAAGACUGGCACAGUCUCCCUCAACGCGAAAAGGUUCAGGAAGAAAAAAUGACCUGCCUGAAUGGACAUACAUGCAAGACGUACUUGCUCUUCCCAAAAGAUCCAAUUUUUCCCACCUCUAACCAUGAAAAUCCUGACUACUUAUAUGCUAACAUCUCAAUGGGACCCAUGAAAUAAUCAGACAAAUUCCAAUUAAUGGCUGGAAUGCAAAGUGAAAAAAAAUAAUGGCAGCAAAACGACAAGGUCGCUUUCCAGCUGUCAAACGUCAUGGUCAUAUGUGUAUAUUCAGGGUUGGGUUUAUCACUGUUUUUUACAUGAUACUUGAAAGGAAAACCAUUGACAAAUAAAUCUCUUAA